UGCUCUAGGAUGAUGCAGAACUCCUUACCUCUGUCUGGACAGUGCUGAUUGGCCCUGUGCUGAUCACAUGCACUCUCCCAAGACAACAAAAAAAAACCUCUCUAGUAAUACACACCAAACUGAUCAUGUGCAGAGUGACUCCACACAAUAUGUCUUAUCAGGAGAUAAGAGGAGGACACUGGUAGAAAGAUCAAACAGCCUUUUACAAUGCAAAGGAUUAACCCCUUAGGUUCCACAGUGAGAAUAAAAAACAUGCUUUACUGCAUAUACAGACUGAUUUUUACUGUUGUGGGUUUAG